GGGCGGCGUGGGUUGACUGGUAUUGACUGGUAUUGAUCUGUCACCGACCUCCUGCUACAUAUCCUCCAGGUCCCCUUCAACCUCAUUCAUUCUUUAACUCCAGCCUGUGAUCGACAGCCCGGUCGACGUACUUGUAGAGCGGUUUCUCUUCUUCAAACCCUAUCGGUUUCUUUAUUUCUUGAGGCUCAACUUUUGGAACAUUGGGCUUACUCCCGACCUUCCUCACCUUCAUUUAGAUAUAGUUGGGCCUGACCUUACCUCGUCUCUCAUCGUUGUCGCUUUGUUAGUCAAGGCUACGGAUACUCGCCAAAGCAUUUGUAUAACAAGAAUCUGGCCGCGUCCGAUAAUUAGGCGAUCUAUGAAAGUCAUUCAAGACUGACGUCCACUCCUUUCCACCCGGAACCGAAACCACCAUCCAUCUUUAGGCCAACCGCCCACCAACGAACACUGUAUAGUACAUGCUGCAUAUAUAUACUUAAUCAUAAAUCGUGAGCAAGGACACACAUAAUCGGAUAUUACAAGAACAACAAGCCGUCCCCUCCCAUAACCUGUACCAUUAGCAACCAUGGAUCCCAAUAUGAUGAAUGCGCAGAUGGGUCAAGCAUCGUUUUUCUACUACACACCAGACCCCAAUCCUGAGAACCGACAACAUGGACAUUUUAGCCAGCACCCGGGCUUCCAACAGGUGCAGCAACAGAUGUUUCCCAUUGUCCCGACGGUUCCUUCGACACCCAUCUACUCACGACCGAACUCAUCAUCUUCACAAGCCAUCCCAGCCAAGAUGUUCGCGGCCGUUCCCAGCAACGUUACCCCUCAGAGGCCGAAUGGCUUCAUGAUCAACCACCCUGGAAAGCUCAUGCUCGAGACAGACUUUUGUGACAAUGAGUCUUUCUACUAUCCAGCCACCCCACCUCUAUCAACGUCUGGUAGCUCUAUGGGCAGCCCGGCUCACAUACAGGAUGUUUUAUCCACACCAUUGAACCCAAUGUUUUCUGGUCUUGACGGUUGUGAGAUGAUUAAGGCGGACGAUGAGACAGUGUCGAGGUCUCUGGAGAACAUUGACUGGACCACCUACGGAUCCCCAGUAACGCCUGUGUACCUACAACAACACUUGCAGGUACCUCAGACAGGGAAGGGCAUUUCGCUUAGCGCCAACCUUUCCAGCGGCCUUCCCGUCGCAGCCCCUAUCAACAACAACAGCUCCAACAAUUCCUGCACCACUCCCACCAACCUCUCCUUUGCCGAGAGCACAGCCUCGUACGCGACAUCCUCAUCAUCGUCAUCCAUCUCGUGUCCGUCGCUCUCACCGUCGCCAUCACCCAACUGUGAACAGGACAUUGAUUUCUGCGACCCCCGCAAUCUCACAGUAGGAGGUGCCGCUAACCCGACUUUGGCUCCUGAGUUUUCAUCUCCUGUCUCCUUGGAAGAGUUCAGGGGCGCCACGCCAGCCAAGGACAGCGCGCUGCCCAUCUCCUUCGAUUUCAAUCCUGCCCUCCACCACGGUCUGCCGGCUUUUGAUGAGAUCUCCGACCUGGAGUCUGAGGACGACUUCGUAAACCGCCUGGUCAAUCUUGGGGAGCAGCCGUUCGUCGAGGGUAAGCGAUCGCGCUCUGCUACUUGCUCUACGACACUCUCUCUCGGCCAAGACGCUUUCCUGACAGAGAGCGGCUUCGACUGUGAGGACACAACAUCUUGUGUUGUGACUGGAAUCCCAAGCCCUGCUGCGUCAUUUGACUCAGACCUUCACCAGGACAAGAAGCUGAGAACUACUAAGGAGACUCGCGUGCCUGUACCCAUCAUGAACAUCGCUGCUGCUACCACCACCGACUCUACGUCUGGUCAGGGGCAGCAACAAGAGACUUCUAGUCAAGCUCAGUCUACAAGCAACGGUGUUGAUAUGGUUGCUAGUGACAGCUCUGAGGCUGCACCUGCACCUAUCCCUGCUCCCGCUAAUCGCCGCGGUCGCAAGCAGUCCCUGACCGAGGAUCCUAGCAAGACAUUCGUCUGUGAGUUAUGCAACCGCCGAUUCCGCCGCCAAGAACAUCUUAAGCGUCAUUACCGUUCUCUUCACACUCAGGACAAGCCGUUUGAGUGCAACGAGUGUGGUAAGAAAUUUUCUCGCAGCGACAAUCUCGCACAGCACGCACGCACUCAUGGAAGUGGGGCCAUCGUCAUGAACCUCAUCGAUGGGAGUGAGGAGGGCCUUGACAUGAUGGCAUCUGCUGACAGUGAUUAUCACAACUUUGGCAAAGUCCUCUUUCAAGUCGCAUCCGAGAUUCCCGGUAGCGGCAGUGACUUCUCUGACGAUUCGCAAAGCGAAAGCAGCGGCAAGAAGAAACGCAAGCGGUCUGAGUAGAUCUCUCGUAGACCUAACACGUCGGCUUCACGGUGCAAGGCAUCUAACGACAUUACGACAUCUUCUCCUUCAUACUCAUACCUACCCCGCUAGCUUUAUGCGGAUCGGUCACUAGGGAUUUCAAUCGGCGGCUUGAUUGAAUCGGACCAAGGCGAAAAGGCUUCAUACCUUAGAGGACUCAAAAGUUACAUAUUGAUUUUCAGCAGCAUCAUGCCUUCGUGUAUCAACAUAGCAACACGUACAAAGCCCCUAUCACCACGAAUAAAAGGGUCACAGGCGAUUUGGUAGUACAGUGUAGGAACAUGGACUGGAAUUUAUCUUAUGGUUGGCGAGGCGUGGCAUGGCGGGCUCUACAUAGAACAUUUGUGUGAUUUUCUGCCUCGGAAGACCUACGACAUUCACGCUCACACAUAUUGGCGGCAUCCCAUUCUUUACCUUCGUUGUAAUACCCCGAGCAAGACGGAGCAGCGCAACCGGUCUAACUCGUUUCAAUUUCCUUGGGGACGCAGCUGAUACCCGGAAGGGUAAAUCUAGCGACAUUGCACCCUUAUAUUAUUUCUGCUUCGCUUUUCUACUGCCUCUUCUGUAAUGAGUAUCGCAAAGUGCCGGACAUUUGGAACAACUCUCAGACAAUGUUUUGUACAGAUAGCAGAUUUUUCACAUCAAUAUAUGGCUGCCAACCAAUCUUUUCACUACGCAAC